GGAGAUCCUGCUGGAUCGGAACCCGGAUUCGGCGUCUUUCUUGAAAAGGAAAUCGGAUUACGUGGAGACAGAGAUCAGCAAAGAAGGUUUAGAUUUCCUGUUUAAGAAGAUGAUGGAGGCUGGGAAGCUAGGGCUAGUGUUCAAUCCGUACGGAGGGAAAAUGAGCGAGGUGGCUACGACGGCGACUCCAUUCCCGCACAGGAAGAGGCUUUUCAAGGUCCAGCAUUCGAUGAACUGGAAAGACCCUGGCACAGAAGCGGAGAGCAGUUUCAUGGAAAAGACGAGAAGCUUCUACAGCUACAUGGCUCCUUUCGUCACCAAGAAUCCAAGACACACGUAUCUCAACUACAGGGAUCUUGACAUCGGGAUCAACAGCCAUGGCCCAAACAGUUACAGAGAAGCUGAGAUUUACGGGAGAAAGUAUUUCGGUGAGAAUUUUGAUCGGUUGGUCAAAGUGAAAACAGCCGUGGAUCCUGAUAACUUCUUCAGGGAUGAGCAGAGUAUACCUACCUUGCCCACCAAGCCUUCC